UCGCAGCGUCCAGAUACAUCAUCGAGACCCCAUACUCGUCAUGCGAAAAUGCUCAUUUGCGACUUAGCCCAUAUACUCAUGAUGACAUCACCACAAACUACCACAUCGUGACGCAGCCACAUGAUACCACAGCCGCAAAGACAGUAUAUAAUAUGAAAUAGCUGCUUGAAGGAGAAUUAUCUCUAUCAUCACACAUCGAUACUUAUGCCUAAGUCAACAGGACCGCUUCAAGACCAGAUUUUGGGAGCCUCGCAAGCAUCAUCUACGCCCGGCAUGACUGAUUCCACCACUUCUGUCGCUGACAAGCUCGGCGCCAAUAAGGCAACAAACGCCAUUCCUCAGGAGAACCCCUCAGUCCUCUCCUCUGCCGGCGCGAUUGGCAAGCAAUUUAACCCGGACGGCGCCAUCGGUUCCAUCGGCCAAGCUGUCGGCGGGCCCUUCAGUAAGGAUGGUGUCAUUGGCUCUCAGUUCGAUGCGAGCAAGGACGGCAUCGCGGGGCAUGUUGAGCGAGCGGUUGACGGACCGAGUAAUCCAGCGGGCAGUGGUAAGAAGGCAUAGAGUAUUGAUCUGUCAGAUUUUAGUCAUAAAUUGGCAAGGUCCACUAAUUGAACGUUAAACUCGCAUGCCUCCAUCGCUAUCUC